UCUGUCCUGUCAACCUCCAUUGAUCAUCUCGAAGUGAAUUCCUGGUAUUUGAUUUUGUAAACACUUAUAUCGAUGAUUUCUUUUUUAAUCGAAGAGUCUCUAAGGAAAGUGAAAUGAAUUACUCGAAAAAAAUUAAAAAAACUGGUUUAUUUUAUUACCGACGCGAAAAAUUACUGCGCAAGUGGGCUGAGGCAAAUCAAACGAAUCAACUAGUAAAUGGCGAUGAUAACCGGCAGUUACCAUGUUUUUCACCAAGUAAAAUAAAUAUACGAACUAAGCGUAAUACAAAUUCACAUGGCACACCUCCGUUAAAGCCAAUUUUAGUAUCAGUACCCGGUCAGAAUGAGGAAUACGGACUCGAUUCCGACAAGAUCGAAAAUUUAAGCCUGUUAGAAAGCAUAAGAUAUUGGGCCUUAAAGACUAACCAAACACAUCAGUCAAUAAAUCUAAUUAUGGACAUAAUCCGACGAAAAACGAAUGGGAAAACAUUGCCCCGGAGUGCUCGCACACUUCUGCAAACGUCUCGUGAAGAAACUUCAAAUAUUGUUCCGCUAUCGGGGGGUCAGUAUUGGUACAAAGGAAUAAAGCAAUGCCUUCUAGAGUACUUCCGCAACAUUGAAGCUCCAGUAGCUAUUUCUAUUAAUGUGAAUAUCGACGGGAUUCCCAUCUACAAGAGCAGCAAAUCACAAUUCUGGCCCAUACUAUUUAAUAUCCACGAAAUGCCUGAAGUUGGACCGGUGCCAAUAGCAAUAUUUUAUGGCAGCAGUAAGCCAAUAAGUGUUGAAGAGUUCCUACAACCUUUCGUCAACGAAUUAAUGGAAAUUGUUCCGCAUGGCCUAUUAGUUAACAACCAUAAACUUGAAGUUCGGAUUAGAUGUUUCAUAUGCUAUUCUCCGGCUCGUGCGUUCAUUAAAGGUGUAGCAAACUUCAACUCUAAAAACGGCUGUUUGAAAUGCACUUGUCAAGGAGAGUACUCGCAUGAAUCACGAACUGUGGUAUUCAAAUCAAUUAAUAGCGCGAAAAGAACCGAUAAGGAGUUCAGGACUAAUACAUAUGAUCGGCAUCAUAAAGUAGUAACGCCAUUAUUGCGUAUACUAAAAUUAGAUUUAAUACAGGAUAUAAUUGUUUCGGAUCGACUUCAUUUAGUUGAUUUAGGAAUUAUGAAGCGAUUACUCUUAGGAUGGAGGGAUGGUCUAUUCGGAUUCAAAACCAAACUUUCUUCUCAACAGAUUAAUCAAAUCUCAACAAUGCUUCAAGAUAUAGAAUUGCCAUCCGAGAUCCAUCGAAAGUUUCGUGGACUGGAUUGCUUAUCAUUCUGGAAAGGUUCCGAGCUCAACAGUUUUCUUCAUUAUGCGAGUAUAGUUGUUAUGAAGGAGUUUUUGCCAAUUGAUGCCUACCAACAUUUUUUACUUUUCUUUUGUUCGAUUACAAUGCUUACUUCCGAAGCCUAUAAAUCAAAUUGGCAAGUGAGUGAAAAAAUGAUAGAAAAAUUUGUUUCUGAAUAUAUGGUGAUAUACGGGGAGCAAUAUGUAACAAGUAACGUACACAACUUACUAAAUAUCGUAGAUGAAGCAGAAGUAUUUGGUCCAUUGCACACAACAUCGGCCUACCCGUUCGAAAAUGCUCUUCAGCGGAUUAAAAAUUUACUUCGCAGUGGUUAUAGAAGUCUAGAGCAGGCUGUCAACAGGUUAUCAGAGAUACAUGCACAAGAAUAUUAUACUACUCAACAGUCAAAGAGUAAUAAAAAAACAAUUCCGUCUGUCGUCACGAAUAGCAAUUAUAAAGGCAUUGAAGUUAAAAAUGGAUUAUUUUUAAGCACCUCCAAGCGAAACUGUUGGUUUCUCACAAAAAAGAAUGAAAUUGUUCAUUUUGAUAACGUUUCUGAACAUUCUGAUCGAAUAGUAAUUUUUGGUAAAAUCCUCAAUGAUAAAUUUGAUUUUUUUACUUAUCCUUUUCCUUCAUCUGUACUGAAUAUAUCCAGAGGAGACAUAAGCAAACUAUCAUUAAAAAUCAACCAUUUUGAGUGCAGUGAUAUCAAAUCUCAAAAAGUUCAUCUGGAUCGCUAA